AUGAGCAACGGAACAGCGCAAUCUGCCAGUGCGCCAGCGGGCGUGCUGCAGAUCAUUGAUGAACAUGGCGUGAUGCUGGAGCGCACGCCCUGGUUCCCAAGCGAGCUCGAUGUCGGCGCUGAAUGCUAUCGUGUCGUCGGGUGCAUCGGGAGCCCGCUAUCAGGCAAGUCGAGUCUCUUGAAUGACAUUUUCGGGACGCGUUUCGCGGUGUCGCACGCGCGGGCGACUGAGCGUCGGCGCUGGAAGACCCGCGGCGUCUCUGCAGCACUGGCAGCAAACCAGGAGACGCUUCUGGUGCUGGAGAUCGACGGCGGGGACGGAGGCGCGACGGGGCAGCAGCUGCAGGAGCGCUGCCUCCGCUACGUGUCCAGUGUGUCCGAUGUUGUUCUGUGCAACGUCUGGUACCACGACCUGGGACGCUACGACGCAGACCCACAGUGGUACUUGAGCACGAUCGUGCGCGAGUUGGCUCACGCGGAGGGCCCUCUCCUGCGCACCUGCGUUGUGUUCGUGGUGCGCGACGCAGACGCGGAUACGGGCGCGGACGCGGAUACCACCGAGAGCACUGCAUCGUUGAUCGCGGAGUCUCUCUGGCUGGACGCCGAGGAGCACUGGCAGCGCGAAAUCGGCGACGGAGCAGCAUCAGCACCGACAGCAGCGAGUCACUCGGUGGAGGCGCUGCGCGCUGCCCUCGAGCUGCGCGUAGCUCUGCUGCCGUCGCCGCGCACGUCGCGUUCAGCCUACGACGCCGCUGUGCAGCGUCUGCGGCGGGACCUCCUAGACGGCAGUGGCAGUGGCAGUGGCGAUGGCGGCCUGCUGUCCUCGCAAUACAGCAAGGGUCUGCCUGCGGAUGGAUUCGGUGCCUUCAGUCGACGCCUCUGGGAGGGCAUUCGUGCACAGCCCGCUGGGGCGAUGCGUGCUGCGAAGCCGCUGGCCAUGCGUGUCGCUACGGCGGCGGCGGCGGCGGCGGCGGCGGAUGAAGGAGCCGCUGGGGAAGCGCUCACGCCAGAGGCACUGGCAGCAGCGUAUCACUGCGAUGCCGCUUUCUCCGAGGCGCUUCGGAACAGCGCCGAGGAGCUCGGGGAGCUUGCGAGUCAACUGGACGAGGGCGAGAAGAUCAGUGGUUUUGGACGCCGGGCGGAGGAGCUUCUGCAAAAGUACCUGAGUGGCUUUGAAUCGGCUACGGAGGCGUAUGCGGGAACUGAAGUGCGCGAGCGGAAACUGGCGGAGCUCGAGACUGUGCUCGAUGCGUCGUUGCAGUCGCUGUUCCUGAAGCAGCUGCAGAUAAUUCGGGAGAACGCGCUGCAGCACUUUAAGACUGCGUCUUCAUCUGAGGAGAUUCCUGGCGACUUUGCGUUCUACACAGCGGAUGCGCUUUUCCAGCGCGAGGCGGAGGAGAGCGUGCGGCCCGGAUCCGACUGGUCCUAUGCGAAUGAGCGUAGCGACCUGCAGCAGACCAUGGCGGAGAUCUCUGCACGGCGGAAGCAGCUUAUUCACGUGCAGAUCCAGGCGGCUGAGCAGCAGCGUCAGGCAAUGCAGUACAUGCAGCUGCAGCAGGCGCAGCUGCAGGCGGUUCAGCAGCAGCAGUAUGGUGGUGCGCUCGGCAACUGGAACAUUGGGCUGGCGUACCGGCCUCCGGAUACGAAUGUGAACAUGUCGCUGCUGCAUCAGCAGGGCCGGACGCAGGUCCAGCUGAGCAUGGUACCCGAUGAGCAGGCGGGUCUGCUGGGCCCGAACGGGUUCACGAGCGGAGUCGGGCCCGGGAACCUUGGUGUGUCGUUCAACAUCAACAUCUAG